UGGAGCGCGGCCCGGAGAUUCUGGCUGGGUCGGGUCGCAGGUGUCACCGCAGCUCUGGCCAUGAGGACCCUGUGGAUGGUGCUGUGCGCGUUGGCACGACUGUGGCCUGGGGCCCUGGCUGGCUGCGCAGAGGCCGGGCGCUGCUGCCCUGGUCGGGACCCAGCCUGCUUCGCCCGCGGCUGGAGGCUGGACAGGGUCUACGGAACGUGCUUCUGCGAUCAAGCCUGCCGUCUCACCGGGGACUGCUGCUUCGACUACGACCGGGCGUGUCCAGCUCGCCCGUGCUUUGUGGGAGAAUGGAGUCCCUGGAGUGGCUGUGCGGGUCAGUGCCAGCCCACCACGCGUGUGCGCAGGCGUUCAGUGCAGCAGGAGCCGCUGAACGGAGGAGCACCCUGCCCACCGCUGGAAGAGCGAGCCGGCUGCUUGGAGUACACCUCAUCGCAGGGCCGGGACUGCGGGCAUUCCUUUGUUCCUGCCUUUAUAACCAGCUCUGCAUUCAACAAGAAGAGAACAAUACAAGCCGCAUCUCCACAGUGGUCUACACAAACUGAGGAUGCUGGAUACUGUAUGGAGUUCAAGACAGAGUCCCUGACUCCGCACUGUGCCCUGGACAACCGUCCACUGACCCGAUGGAUGCAGUAUCUCCGGGAGGGGUACACAGUGUGUGUGGACUGUCAGCCUCCAGCUAUGAAUUCUGUGAGCCUGCGUUGUUCCGGAGAUGGCCUGGAUUCUGACGGAAACCAGACUCUUCGCUGGCAAGCCAUUGGCAAUCCUCGAUGCCAAGGGACCUGGAAGAAAGUGCGGCGGGUAGAGCAGUGCUCCUGUCCGGAAGUGCACCGCUUCAUUUUCAUAUAGAGCGCCUCGGAGCCACCACAGAGCCGCUUGCUUACCAUGGGCUGAGUAUUGCCAACCUGAGCUCAGCCCUCAGAAGCCCUCAGAAACUGUGCCAAGUCCCCGGACACUCUCCAUUGCCACACUUCACUUCUGUGAAAGAAAACUUAGGGGUAGUUCUCAAGGAUCACAGUCUCUUUGUUUAUAUUUUUACUGAGUUAAAGAGCCAUACUAAAAGAUUCUAUGGCCUUGACCUUACAUUUGGCCACAGAAUGCACGUCUGUUUGUGCUAGAAUUGCUACCAUGGGCUCUAGCUUGGAUAAGCUGCUGUUUAAGGGCAUCUAUGUACUUUGUCAUUAUUGGUUUUUUUGUUUUAUUUUUUUUUUUAAAUUAAAGACAGACUCUCACUAUGUAGCCUGGAACUCAUGAUGUAGAUCAGGCUGGCCACUAAUUCCUAGAUAUUCAACUGCCUCUGCCUCCCUCCUAAGUGCAGGGACUACAGGCGUGUGCCAGCCCGCCCAGCCAUUCUUCGCCUUCAUUCUUUUUCUGCGGUGGGGGGUAGUGUUUCUGUGCAUCCCCGGCUGUCCUUGAACACAUUCUGCAGAGCAGUGUGGCAUCAGUCUCAGUGAUCCACCUGCCUCUGCCUCCUGGGUACUGGGAUAGAAGACUUGCGCCACCUAUUCUUAAGACCUUCUCGCUUAAAAAAAUACAUCUAUAUGUGACUCUUGCACAUAGUGUUCCCAUGUAAUACCUUACCGGUUGUCAACUAAUUUCAAGUCAAUUGUCACAAAUAAUCUUCCACAGAGAAAGGUGUUAAAAUUUCAAUUGGUGUUUUGUAAUAAAAAGCUAGUGCCCAUGAUGAAAACAUUUUUAAAGAAAAAAAAAUUUCCUUGGUUAGUUGAAAAGAGCAAACAUCCAUGGUAGAUGGAUAGGAAUUGCUCAAAACGUUACAGUUUUCCUGAAAUUUUGGCACCAAUGGAGGAGUCAAAAGCUUUAUUUCUAAGCAUUCUGUCAUCAUGCAUAUCUAAGAUUGUGUUUCCAAAAUUUAGUACCCGGAGCAGAAUAAGACAAUCUUUUAACGUCCGACUUCACGUUUAGUUGAGUUGUACUUACUACUUUUCUUUGUACAGCACAUGUUUGGGGUGAGAUCCAGAGGUGCAUAUGAUAGGAGGCAUGGAUCAUCCUGUAAGUGUUAUGAUCUCAUACACAGGCAAUAAAAUAUUACUAGCUUUACCUUA